CUAUUAAUGAUGAUCCUAUUAUGAUACCUGCACUAAGACAAGACAAGGAACUAUAUAGAGGAGUCACUGGGAGUGUGGACUGGUACAGUGACAGUGUCCACCUUUCCUCUCCACCUCUAGAUCGGUGCAAUGAAGCAGUUAAUAAUAUUAACAAUAAUCAUGAAGGGAUUAGACUCAAAUUCUCAUCUACUAAUAGUACAAAGACUCUACUAUCAUCAACUAAACUGCAUACACUAAACCUGAGGAGACUUGAGAUAUGGUACACUCCAUUACCUAAUGAUUGUAUCCAGUAUUUGUGUGUACUACUAACUAAUAAUAAAAUACAAGAACUAGAGAUCAAGUCCCACUCCAUUAGUGAUAGAGGAAUUACUAAUAUCUGUCAAGCACUUGAACACAACUCUACUCUUACCUCAUUAAAUCUUUAUCGUAAUCCUCUCAUCACUUCUACUAGUGGACAGGCUUUUUCUCACCUUCUCCUCAAUAACUCAUCACUUGUUGAACUGGAUCUAAUGCAUACUUCAUUGUCUACUGAGUCAAUACUACUCAUCCUCCAUUCAUUAUCUAAUAAUAAUAAUAUAAGGGACCUCAGGCUAGACUAUCGACACAAAGAGACUUGUAUUAAUACUUAUACUAACUAUCACCUCAUACAAGACAUAGUAGCCUGGUGGUAACUAAUCACUAGUGUCGUUUUAG